CUGCUGGGAUUUACAGAUUACACAUUUUCAUUUAAAUAUACACAAACAUAUCAACACAAUUACAAAAACAUGAAGAGUUUUUAUCCACAUUAAAAUACUUUAACUGACAGUUUUAAAGAUUAAUUGAUAAAAUAUUGUAAUUACAUAAAAUGAGAUUUGAAAAAAAAGUUGUUUUUAUUAGAUUUGUUUGUUAAUUGACAGAUUCUUGUUUCAUUUCAGAACAAAAACAUCAAAUAAAUCCUGAAAAUGAUCUUUUUUACAGUGUAAAGUGUUGAUCUGAUUAAAGAGAGUUAAUAUUGAUCUCCAGAUGUGACACAGUUUGAAUCACCGAUGACUUUUAUCUUCCAGUAAACUUGAAGCAGCUGAACUUAUUUAUGUGAUUUUUGGAUUUAAAUGAAGAUUUAUUCAUUCAGCGGUGAAAAUGAGAUCACAGUCUGAAUGUUGGUCGGUGAUAUGGAGGAUUAUUGACGACCAGGUUAGAGUUGACCUUCAGACACAUCUAACUGUGACCUGAAGUUAAAGGACCAGUUCACCCAGAACAGCACAUCCUCUCCUCCUCUGUGAUGAUGAUGACGGUCCGGUUCAUCGUCCACAGAACAUUUCUGGAGCUUCAACGUGAAACAGAUUUGCAUUUUUGGUCAAAUAUUUGGAGUUGUUUCUUAGAUUUUAUGAUUUUUUGGCUUUCAGACUUUGAGUUUUGCUCCAGAAUCAGAGCUCAGGCUCUUCUUCUCUCCACAUUCAGACUCUCUGUCAGAAUCCUCUUGAUAAUCUUUAAAGGUGCUAAUUUGUCUUUUAAAAAGCAGAUUUUUUAAAUUCCCAACAGGUCAUACACUGAAGCCUCGGGGUGGUGGCUCCCAUCCUGCAUGAGUUUCUUACAAACAGCACCUUUAAAUUUGACCUCGUGCUCAGAACUUCCUUUGAUUUUUAACCAUUUUAAAUAAAAAUUAAGGAUUUAACCUUCAACUGUCUGUUUUCUAUUAACUUUACCAUUAAUCUGAUAUUCAUGUAUGAGUUUCUGUUCAUUCGGCGCUCAUGACCCUCUACAGACUGAACCACUGUUGGACCGAAUCUGAAGUUGGACUCUGGUUUGCAGCCACUGAUCAAAAUUCCCCCUGCAGCUGAUUUGGACCGCACUCCGUUGGUACAGUGUUGGUUUGGACGGAACACACCAGAACUUAUCUGUGUGGUUCAUGGUGUCGGUGGGUCCCUGGUGCACUGUGCGUGUGUACCGUCCCUCUCUGAUAAACUAGUCCCGCAGGAAUGUGCGUGUUAACGCCGAACUUCGCUCCGUGCAGCAGCCCGUCCCUCUGCUCCAGGGCCCGGUUCUUCUUACACGGCACCAGCUAAACGUGAAGGCAGCGGGGCGUUUUCCGUGUUGUAACAUUAUCUUUGGCUUGAGAGCAUGAAAUCAGAACAACAAUAGAGAGCAGUGGAGCCGAGGAGGAGGAGGAGGAGGAGGAGGAGGAGCAGCAGCAGCAGCAGCGGGGGGAGCAGCUUCCUCACAGCGGAAGGAGACGACGGAUCUCCUGCAGGACAAUGUGAGACACAGAGAGUUGAUCCAACGCAGUUAGCGAGCAGCCAGGAUGGACGUGGGGAUCAUUUAACGCGUGUUGCAGCUCGAUCACGACCUGAUAUCGGCGGAGGAUCCGUGUUUAGAGGCGCGGGACGCGGCCGCAGCGAUGAGGAUCCUGCGCUGAGCGGCGGAGCGGCGGAGCGGCGCAGGGCCACGACACGGAGGAAAGAUGGGAGUCGCGCUGCGGAGCCUGUUGUUGUGUAGUUUUUGUUUUCUCAUACGAGGCGUGCCGCUGCUGCUGUAUGCAAACCGGCGGGACCUGCGGCUCGUGGACGCGGCACACGAGAAGGCCAACGCCACGGUGGUGGUGGGCGGGCUGGAGGACGCCGCUGCCGUGGACUACGUCUACGCACAGGGCCUCAUUUACUGGAGCGACGUAAGCGAGGAGGCCAUUAAACGCACCGUUUUCAACCAGUCGGGGGCCAGCGCCAUCCAGACGGUGGUCCCGGGCCUGGCCUCCCCGGACGGACUGGCCUGCGAUUGGUUAGGGAGUAAACUUUACUGGACAGACUCAGAGACCAAUCGGAUCGAGGUGGCGGAGCUGGACGGGUCUCUGAGGAAAGUGUUGUUCUGGCAGGAGCUGGACCAGCCGAGGGCCAUCGCUCUGGAUCCUGAACGAGGGUACAUGUACUGGACGGAUUGGGGCGAGAUCCCAAAGAUCGAGCGUGCUGGGAUGGACGGGACGAAUCGCUCCAUGAUCAUCGACAGAGAGAUCUACUGGCCCAACGGGCUGACGCUGGACUACAGCCAACAGAAACUGUACUGGGCCGACGCCAAACACAACUUCAUCCACCGCUGCAACCUGGACGGAUCCUCCAGGGAGGUGGUGGUUAAAGGAGAGCUGCCUCACCCGUUCGCCCUCACCCUGUACGAGGACACCCUGUUCUGGACCGACUGGAACACCCACUCCAUCCACUCGUGCAGGAAGCAGACGGGAACGGAACAACGCAUCGUCCACUCAGACAUCUUCUCACCGAUGGACAUCCACGUCUUCAGCGACAAGAGACAAAACACCCUCGUCGGCAGCCUGUGCUCCGUGAAGAACGGAGGCUGUUCCCACCUCUGCCUCCUCUCCCCGCUGAAGCCCUUCUAUCAGUGUGCCUGUCCCACCGGAGUCCAGCUGCUGGAGGACGGGAAGACCUGCAGAGACGGUGCCACCCAGAUGCUGCUGUUGGCCCGGCGGACGGACCUGCGGCGCAUCUCUCUGGACAUGCCGGACUUCACCGACAUCAUCCUGCAAGUGGACGACAUCCGUCACGCCAUCGCCAUCGACUACGACCCGGUGGAGGGAUACAUCUACUGGACGGACGACGACGUGAAGGCCAUCCGCCGCUCGCUGCUGGACGGCAGUGACGCACAGUUCGUGGUCACGUCACAGGUGAACCACCCUGACGGCAUCGCGGUCGACUGGAUCGCCCGGAACCUGUACUGGACCGACACCGGGACAGACCGCAUCGAGGUGACCCGACUCAACGGCACCAUGCGUAAGAUCCUGAUCUCUGAGGAACUGGACGAGCCCAGAGCCAUCGUACUGGACCCUGUGGCGGGCUACAUGUACUGGACCGACUGGGGCGAGGUGCCGAAGAUCGAGCGGGCCGACCUGGACGGGAUGGAGCGGGUCGUGAUGGUCAACACCUCUCUGGGCUGGCCCAACGGCCUCGCCCUCGACUACGACGAGCGCAAAAUCUACUGGGGAGACGCCAAGACUGACAAGAUAGAGGUGAUGAACAUGGACGGGACGGGGCGACGGGUGCUGGUGGAGGACAAACUUCCUCACAUCUUCGGUUUCACUCUGCUGGGCGACUUCAUCUACUGGACCGACUGGCAGCGCCGCAGCAUCGAGCGCGUCCACAAACGCACCGCCGAGAGAGAGUUCAUCAUCGACCAGCUGCCCGACCUGAUGGGCCUGAAGGCCACGUACGUUCACCAGGCGACCGGUACGAACCCGUGUGCAGAGAACAAUGGCGGCUGCAGUCACCUGUGUCUCUACAAGCCUCAGGGCGUGCAGUGCGGAUGUCCCAUUGGCCUCGAACUCAUCGCCGACAUGAGGACGUGCAUCGUCCCCGAGGCCUUCCUGCUCUUCUCCCGCCACACUGACAUCCGCCGCAUCUCCCUGGAGACCAACAACAACAACGUGGCCAUCCCGCUCACCGGCGUCAAGGAGGCCUCGGCGCUCGACUUCGACGUCACCGACAACAGAAUCUACUGGACCGACAUCACUCUGAAGACCAUCAGCCGGGCCUUCAUGAACGGCAGUGCUCUGGAACACGUGGUGGAGUUUGGUCUGGACUAUCCCGAGGGGAUGGCAGUGGACUGGCUGGGCAAGAACCUGUACUGGGCCGACACCGGCACCAACCGCAUCGAGGUGGCCAAACUGGAUGGGCAGCACCGGCAGGUCCUGGUCUGGAAGGAUCUGGACAGCCCACGAGCCCUGGCUCUGGAUCCUGCUGAAGGGUACAUGUACUGGACCGAGUGGGGCGGGAAGCCAAAGAUCGACCGGGCGGCGAUGGACGGGACCGGUCGGAUCACGCUGGUGGCCGAUGUGGGCCGAGCCAACGGACUCACCAUCGACUACGCGGAGCGCCGGCUGUACUGGACCGACCUGGACACCACGCUCAUCGAAUCGUCCAACAUGCUCGGUCAGGACCGCGAGGUGAUCGCCGAUGACCUCCCUCACCCCUUCGGUCUCACCCAGUACCAGGACUACAUCUACUGGACCGACUGGAGCCAGCGCAGCAUCGAGCGCGCCAACAAGACGAGCGGGCAGAACCGUACCGUCAUCCAGGGCCACCUGGACUACGUCAUGGACAUCCUGGUCUUCCACUCGUCCAGACAGGGCGGCUGGAACGCCUGCGCCUCCACCAACGGUCACUGCUCCCACCUUUGCCUCGCCGUCCCCGUCAGCAGCUUCGUGUGCGGCUGCCCCGCCCACUUCUCCCUCAACUACGACAACAAGACCUGCAGCGCUCCGACUUCCUUCCUGCUGUUCAGCCAGAAAACUGCCAUCAACCGCAUGGUGAUCGACGAGCAGCAGAGUCCCGACAUCAUCCUGCCGAUCCACAGCCUGAGGAACGUCCGAGCCAUCGACUACGACCCGCUGGACAAACAGCUGUACUGGAUCGACUCCAAGCAGAACGUCAUCCGCCGCGCUCAGGAGGACGGAAACCAGAGUAUGACGGUGGUGUCGAGCUCUCUGGGCGGGCCCAGCCAGGGGCUGCAGCUGUACGACCUGAGCAUCGACAUCUACAGCCGCUUCAUCUACUGGACCAGCGAGGUCACCAACGUCAUCAACGUCACCCGCACAGACGGCAGCCGAGUGGGCGUGGUGCUGCGAGGAGAACACGACAAACCGCGAGCCAUUGUUGUCAACCCGGAGAGAGGGUACAUGUACUUCACCAACCUGCUGGAUCGCUCUCCCAAGAUCGAGCGGGCGGCGCUGGACGGGACGGAGCGUGAGGUUCUGUUCUUCAGCGGUCUGGGGAAACCCGUCGCUCUGGCCAUCGACAACGAGGUGGGGAAGCUGUUCUGGGUCGACUCGGACCUGCGACGCAUCGAGAGCAGCGACCUGUCAGGAGCCAAUCGGAUCGUGAUCGCGGACUCGAACAUCCUGCAGCCGGUGGGUCUGACGGUGUUCGGGAACCACCUGUACUGGAUCGACAAGCAGCAGCAGAUGAUCGAACGAAUCGACAAGACGACGAGGGAGGGACGCACCAAGAUCCAGGCCCGCAUCGCCUACCUGAGCGACAUCCACGCCGUCCACGAGCUCGACAUGAGAGAGUACAGUAAACACCCGUGCACCUGGGACAACGGCGGCUGCUCCCACAUCUGCAUUGUGAAGGGCGACGGGACGACUCGCUGCUCAUGUCCCGUCCACCUGGUGCUGCUGCAGGACGAGCUCUCCUGUGGAGAGCCGCCCACCUGUUCCCCGGAGCAGUUCUCCUGCACGUCCGGCGAGGUGGACUGCAUCCCUCAGGCGUGGAGGUGCGACGGUUACCCCGAGUGCGACGACAGCAGCGACGAGGAGGACUGUCCCGUCUGCUCCGAGUCCGAGUUCCAGUGCGACAGCCGGCAGUGCAUCGACCUGAGCCUCCGCUGCAACGGAGAGAUCAACUGUCAGGACCGGUCCGACGAGAGCAAGUGUGAAGUGCGCUGUCCUCCGGACCAGUUCACCUGCUCCAACGGUCAGUGCAUCGGAAAACACAAGAAGUGCGACCACAACACGGACUGCACGGACAACUCUGACGAGAGCGGCUGCUAUCCAACAGAAGAGCCGCCCCCUCCGCCCAACAACACCAUCGGCUCCAUUGUGGGCGUGGUCAUGGCGUUGUUCGUGGUGGGUGCUGUGUACUUUGUGUGUCAGCGGGUCCUCUGUCCGCAGAUGAAGGACGAUGGCGAGACGGUGACCAACGACUUCGUGGUUCACGGGCCGUCGUCGGUGCCGCUGGGAUACGUGCCGCAUCCGAGCUCGCUGUCCAGCUCGCUGCCAGGUAUGUCCAGAGGGAAGUCUGUGAUUGGCUCCCUCAGCAUCAUGGGCGGGAGCAGCGGGCCUCCGUACGACCGCGCUCACGUGACCGGAGCGUCGUCCAGCAGCUCGUCCAGCACCAAGGGAACCUACUUCCCCCCGAUCCUGAAUCCUCCUCCGUCUCCUGCUACAGUCCGCUCUCAGUACACCAUGGAGUUCGGUUAUUCCUCCAACAGUCCGUCAACACACAGAUCCUACAGCUACCGGCCCUACACCUACCGUCACUUCGCCCCUCCCACCACCCCCUGCAGCACCGACGUGUGCGACAGCGACUACACGCCGGGACGACGGGCGCCGCUCAAGUCCAGCGCCGCCGCCGCCGCCAAGGGCUACACCAGCGACCUCAACUACGACUCGGAGCCUUUCCCGCCGCCGCCGACACCCCGCAGCCAGUACCUGUCGGCGGAGGAGAACUGUGAGAGCUGCCCGCCGUCGCCUUACACCGAGCGCAGCUACUCCCACCACCUCUACCCGCCGCCGCCGUCGCCCUGCACGGACUCCUCGUGAGCCAGAUCCCCCUAAACCUCCCCUCCUCCCCCUCCGCACAGCUCCGCCCCCUCACUGUAAAUAGCAAUUGUGCAUAUAUGAGGUUAAAAAUGGGAAAGAGAGACUGAUGAGACUGGAGGAGACGCAGGACGAAAAAAGGAAACAAAAGAGAAACGGGAGCUGCAGAACAUUUGUACAUUGAAAAAGAGAAAAGCAUAUUUAUAUAUUUUCUAUACAGUGUUUACUGAUAAUGCCAUAGAGGUUUGUAUUAAGAAAUUUGUACAUUUUUUAAGAAAAAGGUUUUAUUAAAAUCAUCACAAAUAUAAGUUGCCUUAAAGCAGGAGACAAACGAGGCUGAAGGACAAAAAGCACACGAUGAAAACUGAACUUAUCUGAUGCCAAAUAUGAAAAACAUCCACGGCUGCGGGAGGACGACCGAGGAGCGGCCAUCUUGUCUGUAGUUUCCACGUCAACUGGAUCAGGAGCAGCAGAGAAUGUGGUACCGGGUCUCUGAUCUGAAGUGACCUCCUCGUUUUACGAAGCGGUUCGUCGGAUCGUGUCUGAUGGAUGUGAGUCACUCUGAAGCAAUAACACUCUGAGGCACAUAUGUAUUUAUUCUCUACGGAAGACCACUAGGGACACUGUAAAAACAUUGUUUCUGACUUUUGUUUAUUCCAGUUUUAACUUCCCCCAAAUUCUGACUUCAGAAUUCGAUUUAUUUUUUCCAAAAGAAAAUCUAAGUUGUGAGUUCACAGUCGGACUUUUGAUCUUUCCCCCAAAAAUACUGACUUUAACUUUUAUUUCUUUAAAGUUAUGAUUGUCACAUUUUUCUCUGAGAGCUUCUCUGUCACUGUGGUGAUGGAUCAGACCAGAUGAAACACUACAGAGGCCCUGAAGGGACAAAAGGUUUCUGGCGCUCACACAAACCUUGUGACAAUCGACCUCUUUUUGGUUAAAUUGUUUUUAUUUUUUACUGGAAACUGUUUUGUGUGGCGCACCAGAACGUGUCCUCUCUGGGCCUCCGUACAAACACUAAGACAUGUUUCCGAGCAGGUCGACGUAUCGUGACUCACAUCCGUGGAAUCGUCACGAUGUUCAGACGGGAUUUUAAACCAAAACGUUCGCUUGUGUUUUCUGCCGUCGUCGGAGCGUUCUGACCGCGUUCGACCCAAAGCUGCAGCCAGCACAUCCUUCACCGAUCCUCCAUCCUGACCUGUUGUUUUUGUCCUCACUCCACCAGAAACACGAUCUUGUGCCUGACCAGUUCCACAUCUUCACAUCCGUUUCUUUAUUUUUUAUGUUGUUGUUACUUUGAGGAAACACACAGAGGAAAUCAGUGCCCACUAAAUGCUCUAUAGUAUUUUUGUACCACAUAUUGUGUAGAUAACGUAUUUAUAAGCUAUAUAGAAAAUCAUUGUAAAUCUAUCCAUUGAACUCUUGCAGUACUUUUCAUUCCGUCUUUUUUUAUAUUGCCUCAUUAUAUUUUUCUACAGAAUAUCAGUCCAAACGUACGGCGACAAUCUCAGAUCAGUCAAAUCGAAGAACAUAUCCAGGUUUCAUCGUCUGUGGGUGUAAAGUCACUCUGAUGUCGAAGGACUGUCGUGCCAAAAGACUCUUUUCUAAACGAAGUGGAGGCAGCGAGGUCGGGACCAGAAGAGACACGAGGCUCCGCGCUGUUGCCUUGACGCUCGUCAAUCUGUUUUCUUUUUGUUUUCAUGUGAUCUGUUUUUGUGUUUGUGCUUCUCCUCACGACCAGAAAUCUAUUUUUCAAGGUGACCCGUCGCGUCGUCUGAUCGUGGGAGGAGCCUGUCGAGAACGAAACACCAGCACGAGUCUGACAAUCGUAACGCUUCACGAGUCGCGUCGGCUUAAAUUCGUCAGUUUAACAGAAACAUUUGGCGUCUUUUUGUUUAAACGUUUAAAGCACGAACAGAUCGAAUGUCUUAACGAGGCAUUUUUAAUUAGAGACGAUUCUUCUGGUUCCUAGAAUCAGAACAAUCCUCUUCAAACAAACGGACUUCACUAAAUCUGAUCGUUUCUUUUUAGACGGCGUCUCACUUGUUUUGUUCCAGUGCAGCAAAAUUUAACCAGAAAAUGAAAAACACUAACUACCAGUGAUGAAGCUCAGGACCGGGUGUCGAUCAGAGUCCAGAAUCAAGGUGAAAGAAACCCGAGCGUCGGUACCGAAGACAAAAACCUCCUCUUCUUUUUGUUUUUAAGAAAUAUACAGUAAAGAAAGUUCUCAAAUGUUACACUAAACUAAAGCAGCCAUACGUGUGAUGGGAUUUAGAUUAAAAACUGUCGAUACUGAACUUGUCAUUCGUAGAAAGAUCUUUAAAUUUGAAAUGUUCUCGUCCUCGUGUUUGGACGGAAUAACGCAGCAGAAUCAAACAUUUGUGGGUCGAGUUUGAUUCUGUUUGUAGAAUCAAAGUUCUAAAAGAUGUUUCAGUGUCUUUUUGGCUCAAGAAAUUAAAAUCUCGGGUACAAAAGUUUUUCAUGAAAGAAUUCGCCAAUGAGCCUGUGAGGAAUCUGAACAAAUGAUUAUUUUGUGCAUAAAAGAUGUUGAAUAUCUUUUUGGGCCUCCGUAGAUGAAACGAUGCAUCAAACUGAAUCCAGUUUUUGGCUCAUCUAAGAGAUUUCAGGACUCAAAAAUAUUUUCUACCGCACAGAAAAUCACAAAACCUGUGACGAUGCCAAACGGACUAAUAUGUAAAUAAAUCUUUCAUCAGCAUCUGUCCACAUCUGUCAGCCGGCUGAGCUACCUGUGGUACAAUCACUGAUCCACAGCAGGUGCGUCUGCAGGCGCCUGCACUCACGUCCGAUACAACCAACACUUUGGGAGACGUUCUCAUUCUCUAACUGCACUUUACAGGACUUUUAUUUUUAGAUGAUUUCUGGUACAAAACUUCAUAAUGUCGUGCAGCAGGUGGAAAGUUGUGUAACGGUGGACGUUCGCUUCGAGUUGGAAGAGUCCGACAAGACGACAGAGGAGAUUUCUGACUGGAAUAUUUUAAAGUGUAGCCGGCGUCGAUCGUUCUCUCACCGUGCUGAGUUCAGUUCACCUCGUUCACUCCGUUCAUUAGUCAUCUGUAGUUUAUUCUGAAGACUUGACGAGGAAUCAGGUUCUGUUCUGUUCUGGACGACGUCUGUCAGCUCACUGAGCAGCUGUGAGAUCAGUGUUCGGGUCAAAGACAAUUUUAAACAAAGUGACAAAAUGAAUUGAUAAUAAGGAAAAAGAUGUGACUUGAUUCAACAGUUUAAGGUUACAGAUUAAUAAAUUGAGGGAACCAGAACUCAAAGUUACUGAUGAAAUACUAAACUGAAGAAGUGACAUCGACACAACACUAAUCUGUCUGAUGCAGAAACAUUAAACUCUAAAACGUUCUGCGAUGUCUCACUUCGCUCAUCAGAACCCUGAGAGAACGAUCGUCCUCCGACUGUCAGAAACGACAAAUCAAACUUGUGAAUGUGAACGCGACUGUUCGAUGCGUCGCCGGAACGAUCCUCUGCGUCGAGGCGGAGCUUCGACUCAACGUGGACGUUUUUGUACAGAUCGAGAUGAACGUGGUUGAAAAAGGGUCAAAGAAAGUAGAAAUGUAAAAAAAAAAAAAAAA